ACAAUUUUCAGGCCCUUAAAGUAUAGCAGAAGCCAGAAUGGAAGAUGAGAUUCAGAUUGGAUCCUGUAUUUCAAGAAUUUAUUCAAGCCAAUAGCUUAUAUGCUCGUGAGUUGUGAUGGUGGAAUUCUCAAGGGUGUAAUUCCAUAAUUUUCGUCGAAAUUCCACUUCCCAAGCCUCAACAAUCACAGGACCGGCCCUGUUUCCAACCCUGCUGUGCUAUGAUAUACACACUUCAAGCCUCAUUCAAAGGUAGCAGAUUCGUGUUAGGGGAUUACCGCAUGAUGCGAUUUUAGUUUUGUGAAUAAUGGUAUAUUGUCGGAGAAGUGCAAUGAAUCAUCGGUUUUGUGGUUGAUAUCGCCCGCACUGAAAAUACUUCCUGGGUCCGCCCAUGUCUAUGACUAUGAAUGAAAGAAUUUUUUUCAAAGAACGAAACUUUCCACACACAGACGCAUGAAUUUAUAUGUAUAUGACAUGGUAUGUGCUCAAUGUAAUAUCAAUCUUUUGAUACCAAAUUUUUAUUUACAUUUUCAUUGAAGAGGAAUUUUGAAAAUUCAGUAAAACUAAAUUUAGAUGGGAAAACCUCCAUUGUUUUUCUCAAAUUUAUGCCUCCUGAGAAGUCCCAAACCCGUUCAAAAUCCUAGCCUCCAUAAGCGAUUCCGAACCCGAAGUUUCUGUAAUGACAAAAUUGAGGGGAAAUGUGAAGAAUUUGGAAGGAAUCUGCAAAAUACAGAUGUAAUUAUUGCUCAAGAGAUCUCCAAGGUUAUUCAGACCCAGCCCAGAUGGGAACAAACGCUUUUAUCCGAUAUUCCGGGGGUGAAUUUCAUUGAUCCUAAUGUUUAUAACGAGGUAUUGAGGCAGCAGAAGAAUGUGUUGUUAUCGGCCCGAUUCUAUUAUUGGGUCAGGUCUCAAAAUGGAUUCUUGUCGGAUCCUGUUUCGUGUAACAUGAUUUUUAGUAGGCUUGUGGAGGCCAAGGCUGCAAUAGCCGCAAAGAGUUUUCUUGAAGAAACUAAGUUUGAACCAGAACGAGGGUGUUUGGAGUCUUAUAUUGGGUGUCUUUUUGAAAACGGGUUGGUUGAGGAAGCCUUAGACUUAUUUGAACAGUUAAAAAUGGCAGGCCAUUGUGUGUCGUUGAAGACAUGGAAUUCAGCUAUGCUACAGUCAGUCAAAGCAACAAGAGUCGACAUUGUGUGGAAAUUGUAUAGUGACAUGCUGGAAAGUGAAGUUGUUGGUGAUGUGGAUACGAUUGGAUACUUAGUCCAAGCUUUUUGUAUGGAAAACAAAGUUGCAGACGGCUACAAGCUUCUUCAACAAGUUUUGGCGGUGGGGCAUGUUCCAAGCAAUUCUGCAUUCAAUAAAUUGAUAUCUGCAUUUUGCAAGAGUGGUGAUUAUGCCAAAGUGUCUGCUCUUCUUCAUACCAUGAUUGCGAAGAAUUGCUCUCCAGAUAUACAUACAUAUCAAGAAGUUAUUCAUGGUUUAUGCAAAAGACGUAUGAGGCAUGAAGCUCUUCGAAUUUUCAAUAAUCUGAAGGAUAGAGGAUAUUUUCCAGAUCAGGUCAUGUAUACAACAAUUAUACAUGGUCUUUGUAAAAUGAAAUGGCUUGGAGAUGCUCGGAAAUUGUGGUUUGAGAUGAUUAAUAAGGGAAUCGUUCCCAAUGAGCACACAUAUAAUGUCUUAAUUAAUGGGUUGUGGAGGACUGGUGGUACUGAGGAAGCUGAGAAGCUUUACAAGAAUAUGUGUGAAAGAGGUUAUGGAGAUUCUAUCGUGAGUUACAACACCAUGUUUAAUGGUCUUUGCUUAAAUGGAAAAUUAGACGAAGCUUGUGUCUUGUUCGACCAAAUGGCUGAGAAAGGUAUUGUUCCUGACACGAUCACUUAUAAUUCUCUGAUUCAAGGCUUCUGCAAGAGAGGGAAGAUAUCAGAGGGUAGAUACUUUCUUAAUCAGCUUCUAAAGCAGGGUUUACAGCCUUCAACUGCCUCGUAUACCGUGUUAAUCGAAAAACUUUGUGAGGCUGGAAAUGUCGGGGAAGCUAAAGCAUUCUGGAAAGAUAUGGUAGAUAGGGGUGUGGAACCUGCAGUUUCUGCUUAUGAUGCAAUGAUACUUGGAUUGAGUGAGCAAGGAAAUGUUGCAGAAGGGAUGGAGUGGUUAGGCUCUAUGCUUAAGAGCAGGCUCAAACCACAGAAGCAGACAUUUGAGAGACUUGUUCAAUGUUUAUCUGAGGCUGAUAAGUUGAGUGAUGCUUUAUUUGUUUUAGAUUAUAUGCUGAAAAUGGGUUUUGUAGUAAGUGAAUGUAUUUUCCUUUCUUUGGUAAAGAAACUUUGCCAAGGUAAUUCUUCUCAUUUUGAGACGUGUUUUGGGAGAAUUCUGGAAAGAAGUUGAGGUUCUUGAGACCUAUAGAUCUUUUACAACCUUUUGGUUUUGACAGAAUUACUGAACAGGUAUUAUUCAUAGUAUACAUUUUUCUUUCAAAGUCGACUUAACAUCUGUACGAAUAAAUUUGAUGACAUUUCCAAAAUUUUGGGUGUGAUGGUAUUAUUA